CGCAGAUACAAAAAUUUGUAAUUAAUAAUCAAAAAAAGAUUUUUACAAUUUCUGAAAUAAAAACGAUUUUGAUAAAUAUAUAAAGUUUAAUUCAAAAUUUGAAAUUGUAUCAUGGUAUCUACUCGAGGCGUAAAAUUAAAAUUUGUUGACGGAGAACGAGUUUUAUGUUAUGAACCGGAUCCAACUAAAGCUAAAGUUUUAUACGAUUCAAAAGUACUUGAAGUUAUUGUAAACAAAGAUCAGCGAGGUAGAAAAACAGUCGAAUAUUUAAUUCAUUUCCAAGGUUGGAACUCAUCAUGGGAUCGAUGCGUUAGUGAAGAUUAUGUAUUAAAAGAUACACCUGAAAAUCGUCAAUUACAGCGAGACUUGGCGGAAAAAGCUCAAUUGCAAUUAGGAGCGUACUUGUAUAGACGUGAUAAGAAACGUACACGAAAAUUAAGUGAACGUAUCAAUGAAAGCAUUAAUAAUCAGAGUUCCGAAGAGCGUAGCUCUGGAAGUCCAGGUCCACUUGAUACGGAUGAUACCCAAGCAUCAUCCUCAGAAUCUGAAACAUCGGUAGAAGAAGAAUCUGUUCCUAUAGAGUUGACACAAACGUUACGAUAUUGGAUUGAGUUGGACCAUGAAUUUAUUACUAAGAAGCAAAAAAUUCAUCGAUUACCAUCAGAACCGAAUGUAGCUACCAUCUUAGAAGGUUAUAUGCGGCAUUAUGCAAGUUGUCAAAUGUGUGGAAUAUCGGACAAACCAAAGACUAGAUUUCGUCAUAAUUCUACAAAUAAAUCUCUGAAUAUUGAUACCAUAUAUAGAAAUUUAAAUAUAUGUCGAGAAUUCUUAGAUGGUCUUCGUGUAUAUUUCGACUUCACUUUAAUGGACUUGUUAUUAUAUAAUCAAGAGAAACCCCAAGCGAAUUGGUCAGGAAUGACGCAAAAUAAUUUUGUUAAAAAUGAAACAAUACCAUCGUUACUGAUUAAAACAGAGCCAGAUGUCGAUAUAAAAACUGAAGAACUAGACGAUUUUGCACAUUUACCAAAAUUGUUACAUUCAGAUGAUAGUUAUAUGUAUGAUGAACGUAGUCGAGAUUCAGUAGGGACAGGUAGUCGAAGAUCCAGUUAUGGUGCUGUAAAAGAAUCACAUAAUAAUCAUAAUUCUGGAAAUCAUUCUUCGAGGCGACGUUUAAGAUCUAGUCGAAUAUCCCAACACAGUGAAUCAGCCACAGAUGGGACUACUUUAAAUGAAACUAAUGGAUUUAAUUAUGAAUCUGUGGUAGUCAAACAGGAAUGCCCUAAUAAUAAUAUGUCAAGUAUUGCCAGUACAGAAUCAGAUGCAUCCGGACCAUUAUCCCAGGUACUUGCAUGGAAAUUAGUUCCAGAUUCUACAUCCCAAUUACCAUGCCUUAUUUACGGCGCAACUCAUCUCGUUCGACUCCUGAUUAAACUCCCAGAAUUAUUAUGGGCAGCAAGUAUCCCAGAAAAUAAAUUGAAGUUAUUAUUGCGACAUAUUGAUUUAUUUAUCGAUUAUUUGGAUGAACACCGUGAAUGGUUUGGUGAAAAACAUUAUAUGGAUGUUUCUUUUAUCGAAAAUAAUUAUUAAAUUUUUACU